AUGCCCUGCACCAUCAUCGCCUUCUUCGCCCGCAAACCCGGUCUCACACCGACCGAAUUCAAAACCCACUACGAAACCACGCACAUCCCGCUUCUCAAAGAACUCGCCGGGCCUCAUUUCCCCAUCGCUCAUAAACGCUUCUAUCUUCCUCGGACGCGGGCCCCUGAUGCUGACGAGACGGACCAUUCGAAUACCGCGUACCCGGCGCCUAUCUUGGCCGGGGAGUCUGCGGAUUUCCAGUACGAUGUCUACGCGGAGCUCACGUUUCGGGAUGUUGAGCAUUUCGGGGCGUUUCAUGGUGCUUUGAUGAAGGAUGGGGAGCGGCUUGUUGCUGACGAGGAGCGGUUUCUGGAUAGGAGUAAGAUGAGGGCUGUUAGGGUUGAGGAGCCGGUUGUUGCGAGGGGUGGAUGA